AUGGCGACUGGCUGCUGAGCGGCCGCGGAGCGCCGAGCCCCGGCGGCGGUGUAAACACAGCGCCGCCCGCACGGCCCGGCCCGGCCCGGCCCGCACCGCCCGCCCGCCGGGGACUCGGCCACCGGGGCCCGGCCGCCCGGCACCUCGCACCGCAGCUUUACAUGUGGUACACAUGAAAAUGAGGCUGAGAACGCGGAAGGCUUCUCAGCAAUCAAAUCCAAUUCACACGCAGCGUGCUCAGAGGGCGAAGAGGAAACACUCGGAGGUGGAGGAGAGCCUGCCUGGCGGCGGGGGAAAGCCACAGAAAAAUGAGACGGGCCUCCUGUCUUCAAUCAAAAAGUUCAUUAAAGGCAGCACGCCCAAGGAAGAAAGAGAAAAUCCUGCAAAAAGAAGUAGAAUUGAACGGGAUAUUGAUCACAACUUGAUCACAUCCACACCUCAAACAGGAGAAAAGCCUAAUAAACAGAUCUCCCGAGUAAGACGGAAAGGUCAAGUGAAUGGAGAAGCUGGAAGUUACGAAAUGACAAACCAACACGUAAAGCAAAAUGGGAAAUUGGAAGAUAAUCCUGCCACAGGGAGUCCCCCGCGAACUACCUUACUGGGAACCAUAUUUUCUCCCGUCUUCAAUUUCUUUUCACCAGCAAAUAAAAAUGGAACAUCAGGAUCAGAUUCUCCAGGACAGGCUGUUGAGGCUGAAGAAAUAGUCAAACAGCUUGAUAUGGAGCAGGUAGAUGAGAUUACUACGAGUACUGCAACAUCAACCAAUGGAGCAGCUUACACUAGCCAAGCAGUGCAGGUCAGAUCUACUGUCAACAAUGGUUUAGAAGAAGUAGAAGAAACAAACGAUCGUGACUUGCCACCACUUACAGCACCAGUAUCUCCAGACAGUGGCUACUCAUCAGCUCAUGCAGAAGCUACCUAUGAAGAAGACUGGGAAGUCUUUGAUCCAUACUAUUUCAUCAAACAUGUUCCACCACUAACAGAAGAACAACUUAACAGGAAGCCAGCUCUUCCACUGAAAACAAGAAGCACACCAGAAUUUUCAUUAGUUUUAGACUUGGAUGAAACAUUAGUGCACUGUAGUCUAAAUGAAUUAGAAGAUGCUGCACUCACUUUUCCCGUUCUUUUUCAAGAUGUCAUUUACCAGGUGUAUGUCCGGUUAAGGCCGUUCUUCCGAGAAUUCCUGGAACGUAUGUCUCAGAUUUAUGAGAUCAUUCUCUUUACUGCUUCUAAGAAGGUGUAUGCAGACAAGUUACUGAAUAUCCUAGACCCUAAAAAACAACUAGUCAGGCAUCGACUUUUCCGUGAGCAUUGUGUCUGUGUGCAAGGAAACUACAUAAAGGAUUUAAACAUUCUUGGAAGAGAUCUUUCAAAAACGAUCAUCAUUGACAAUUCACCGCAAGCCUUUGCCUAUCAGCUUUCAAAUGGAAUUCCUAUCGAAAGCUGGUUCAUGGAUAAGAAUGACAAUGAACUCCUAAAAUUGAUUCCAUUUCUGGAGAAACUUGUAGAGCUGAAUGAAGAUGUCCGACCUCACAUCAGAGACAGAUUUCGCUUGCAUGACUUGCUACCCCCAGAUUAAGCCUUCGGUCUGAUUACUGGAGGGGGAGAAAAUGCAGGACCCUUUUGGACUGAAACAAAACAUUGCCAUUACUGUUGAAAUUUUGCAUUUUUGUACCCCGUCUUGCUUUUCUUAUCUUUGGUGCCCAACAAUAAUCAAGGGUUACAGAAAGAGACUUUCUAUAUCUGAGAUUGAAUACAAACAGUACAAUACAGUACAACGCGGUAGGUAGGCUAGAACAGAAAAGUCUUUAGAACUAGUGCGACUCCGAUGAGUUUUUUUUAUGUACAGGACAUCUGCAGUUUAUAAAGAGUUCUGUUUCUGCCACCAGCAGUUUGACCUGUAGAAACACAGGAUUUUAUGAUAUAACAGAGAUUGAAAAAAAAAAGACUCUUCUUUUCUCUCUGUUCGGUGCUCUAAGUGGGUUUGUAGCCACUUUUCUGUUACUUUGGAGAUUCUCAUUUCAACAGGAAUGGCCAGUAAAAGUUGUUUUUAUUUUUCCUGUUAAGGUUUAUAACCUUUUUACACCCUUUGACCUGUAUUAGAUUAGAAUUUCAUUAUGCAUUCCUUUUAGUUGAGGCGCUUCAUAGUUUUUCUGGGAAUAGCCGAAUUUUCUUAGUUUUUUAUUAUACAGUCGAAUGGCCGUUUUCCUGCUUCGUCUGCCUGCAUACUGUAUAUUUGUUUAAAAAUACUCUCUAGUUUUAAUCCAUGUAAGUUUCAUUUAGAAAGAAAAGCCCUGCAUUUAUUUUUUGUUUCUGUAAUAUUCUACUGUAGUUGGAAUCUUUUCAAAAAUCAAGAGACUGGCUAGAUAAGAAGAAGAUAUGAAUUCCUAAUAUUCAGAAUUUGUUAAACCAUUGUGAUGGCGCGUACUCCGACAGACAGUAUCUUGCAGUGGCACAAACAGCCGAUGGACAAGGAAUACCUCAGACUAUACCGUGCAUGCGAGUCCUUACAGCAGAAUUAGGUUGGUCACCUGGCAGGUUCGAUGCGAGCCGAGUACUGCCGCCUCCGGGCUCCUCCACGAGUGAAGCGCUCUGCACAGGGGCUCAGCGUUUAAGGUGUUUCUCAUGGGCUGGGGGUGCCGCUGUUACGCUGCUCUUCGUUACAAUCAGUUUUAAGUGGUGUAGCAGCGAGGGCACCCGACAGCAGCUGCGCUGGAUGGCGUGGGACGGCGCAGUCAGUCUGCUGUCACAGUGGUUUCCUAUGCUAUGUGGAAAUGGUCUUUAAGCCUUGGUUCUCUGAUGCAGCUACUACAAGAGGUUGAUAUUUUUAUAAUGGCGCGUAACCUCCUGUUGAGGAGGCUUUUUAUGGAAGGUAUAAUUUGUAAAAGUGAGGGUGCUGGCCUCUCGACUGCAUGGACACGCCACAGGCUCAGACUGUUGUUGUGUGAAAGAUGUCACAGAACGGCACUUUUUCUAAAGAGAAGUUCGAUAUUUUGUAUGCUUGUUAAGAAAGUACAGUAUUGGAAAUUAAAGGUGGACAACCGAGAAUUGAGAAGUAUGUCAAUUAAUUUUUUAUGUAUAUUACCUGUUUACUUGUACAAUUUUAUUGUACAAAUUACAUGCAGCUUCAUUUUCAAAUGAGUCCUUAAAGUAAGGAAAAUCUUUUUAGGAAAGCAUUUACUUUUUGUAUUUUUGAUUUUAAAAGGCAUGAGUUAUGUCAACUUUUUCCAGUGUAUUAAUGAAGAUUUUAACUUUUCAUCAGGUUGAGUGUUUUCUUACUAUCUGACCCGUUGUGUAAGUAGCUAUAGCACAUUGUGUCACGGAACUGGUGAACAAGAUUAGCAUGUAGAGCAAGCCUGCUUUGUGGAGAAUCCUUCUUCAUUACAGAAAUCAUCGUGGCAGAAUUUCUGCAAAAGAAGUGAGAACAUUUGCGAUCCACAAUUCUUGGGGGGGGGUUUUUUGUAUUUAAAGAAGGGUAUUUUGCUUGCAGGAAAGAAAUACUACAGAUUCAUUUUAAUGAGAAUCUUUUAAAUGUAUUUAUCUUUAGGGCAUCCGGGCAUCUUUACACUGUUUGUCUUUAUGUCUUUAUUGAAAUAAAAUGUACAUAACAUGACCUUUAUAAAUGCUUUUGCGCAGACGUGUGGAGCUGUACCCAUCCCCGCCCCCCGUUUUUAUGUUGAUGACAUGGUUCUGGAAAUAUUUGUACGUUUUGGAAACGGUCGGCUUGUAUUGGAAUUGCUACAUGGUUUGCCAACUAUUUUUUAGCUGUUCGUUAAAAUGUAAAUCUGAGAUUUUUAAUGAGUUUUAACGGCGAAUCCUUGUUUAACGUGGAGUUCUUCCAGAUUUCUUUGGGUAAUUUACACCGUAGGACUGCUUUACACAUCACUACGCUACCAGAAGGAUCCCAUUUCUGUUCAGUAACUCCUGGCUGUUCUCUGACUGUACAAAGAGAUGAUCGUCUGUUCACGUAACGCCCCCGCACACGUGUGUCCUAUCUGUGGCAAAACCCAUUAUAAAAGUGCUUUCUUUAGUUAAGGAAACCAAAGCAUACAUUGCACUUUACAGCUGUAUCUGUGUUGUGAUUAUCAGAUCAGUGAGGGAAAUGGAAAUGUAAAUUGGAGGGUUUAGUUCUGCAUAGAUGCACAACGGAAAUUACGGCGACUGCUUAGUGAACAUAUUAAAUAUGAAUAUUUUAAUGCGCUGCAAGUCUGA